AUGGAUGAAGAAGUUGCAGCUCUCGUCAUCGACAAUGGCUCUGGUAUGUGCAAGGCUGGCUUUGCCGGCGACGAUGCACCUCGAGCCGUCUUUCCGUCCAUUGUCGGCCGUCCCCGCCACCGGGGCAUCAUGAUUGGCAUGGGCCAAAAGGAUUCCUACGUCGGCGACGAGGCCCAGUCCAAGCGAGGCAUCCUGACCCUGCGCUACCCCAUCGAGCACGGAAUCGUCACAAACUGGGACGACAUGGAGAAAAUCUGGCAUCACACGUUUUACAAUGAGCUUCGCGUGGCCCCCGAGGAGCAUCCCGCUCUGCUGACCGAGGCCCCGAUGAAUCCCAAGUCGAACCGCGAAAAGAUGACGCAAAUCAUGUUUGAGACGUUCAACUCGCCCGCCUUUUAUGUCCAGAUUCAAGCCGUCUUGUCCCUGUACUCUUCAGGCCGCACCACGGGCAUUGUGCUGGACUCGGGCGAUGGCGUCACCCACGCUGUGCCUAUUUAUGAAGGCUUUGCGCUCCCUCCUGGCAUUGCUCGCAUCGACAUGGCAGGUCGCGACCUGACAGAUUAUCUCAUGAAGAUUCUUGGCGAGCGUGGACAUGCCUUUACGACCACGGCCGAGCGCGAGAUUGUUCGCGAUAUCAAGGAGAAACUGUGCUACGUGGCGCUCGAUUUCGAGCAAGAAAUUCAGACGGCCGCGCAAAGCUCCAGCUUGGAAAAAUCCUACGAGCUCCCCGACGGACAGGUCAUUACCAUUGGUAAUGAACGCUUCCGCGCUCCCGAGGCCCUGUUCCAGCCGUCUCUUCUCGGCCUCGAAAGCGGCGGCAUUCACGCAACCACGUUCAACUCCAUCAUCAAAUGCGACAUUGAUGUCAGAAAAGACUUGUAUAGCAACAUUGUUGUGUCUGGCGGCACCACCAUGUACCCCGGCCUGGCCGAUCGUCUGCAAAAGGAAAUGACUGAUCUUGCACCAUCGUCAGUCAAGGUCAAGAUAAUUGCGCCGCCCGAGCGCAAGUACUCUGUGUGGAUUGGUGGAUCGAUUCUGGCCUCGCUUUCGACCUUUCAGCAGCUCUGGAUCUCCAAGCAAGAGUAUGACGAGGCUGGUCCUUCUAUUGUUCAUCGCAAAUGCUUUUGA